AUGUCAUCCAGAGGCCGUGGUAGAGGAAGCCGAGGUGGUAGUUCCGCUCCUCGUGGAGGUCGUGGUCGCGGAGGCGCCCCUCCGAUGGGCACGCCCGUGGUUAGCUCGCAUAUUCAAACUGUCGGCGUUCGACGUCCAGACUUUGGGAGUAGCGGACGCUCGCUUCCAAUUUUCGUUAAUUCAUUCGUGACGACUAUACCAGACGGGCUCAUAUACCAUUAUGAUGUUAUCUCUCCAUCGGAGAAGACUCUGCCGAUGCGUUUGAAUAUGGACCUCAUUAAACAUCUUCAGAUGGUCAUAGCUCCUCAAAUAUUUACGCCUCGUGGUGUGUAUGAUGGGAGGAAGAAUAUGUUCAUUGCUCGGGAACUGCCCUUUGGCGACUCGGGCUCCCAGGAGUUCGACGUCAGCCUUACAGAGAAUAGAGGAGAGGCCGCAGGACGUGGGCCGCGUGUCUACAAGAUACGUUUGAUGAAAGUGGCUGAAAUCAACCCAGAAGUCCUUCGGCGAUUCAUACAAGGAGCCCAAUCACACGACAACUCGGUGCUGACAGCAAUUACGGCGUUGAAUGUGGUCAUUCGUAUGGAGCCUACCAUGAAGUACCCCUUCAAUGUACGGUCCUUUUUCACGAACAAAGAGGUUCAAGACAUUGGUUCUGGUCUCGAACUGUGGCGAGGCUACUUUCAAUCUGUGCGGCCCGGUAUCAACAAAAUGCUCAUCAAUGUCGACAUUUCAACGGGCACGAUGUACAAAAGCGGUGCACUUUUGGACGUUUGCCUCGAAUACGUUGGCAAACGCGAUCCCAAUGCCCUUGCUCCCCGACGUGGUCUCCCAGACCGAGAACGACUUCGACUUCAGCGUUUCAUCACCAAUCUUCGCGUCAAUACCAAACAUCCCAGUCAGGAAGGUACCAUUCGGGAGAUCCCCCGCGUCAUAAAAAAACUCAGUGCCGCCGGCGCUCGCGACCUCACGUUUACAAUGCGUGAAGGCAACUCCAUGACUGUCGCAGAGUACUUCCAUAAGACCCAGAAUCGACCCCUCCAGUUCCCUGAUGUCAUUUGCGUUGAAGUUGGUUCAGGAGCUUUAAUUCCGCUGGAAUUGUGCACUGUGCCCCCGGGUCAGAUUAUGAGGAAACAAGUACCUCCCGAAAAGACCAAGGCCGUUAUCGACUUUGCCACAAAGAGGCCGGCCGCUAGGCUGGACAGUAUUCGGAAGGGUCUUGCUGUACUGGACUAUGGGCAAUCGGAAUACAUUCGCCAAUUCGGCAUGUCCGUUGAUUCAGCUCAAGGCCCCCUUCGAAUGCAAGCACGCGUUCUUCCUCCACCUAAACUUAGGUACGGCGCGGGUAGUAAGCAAGCCAUCAUAACUCCAAGCAAUGGGUCUUGGAAUAUGGUUGACAAACGAUUCGUCAAGCCGGUCUCCAUUGACAGAUGGGUUGUCAUCGUUUACGAACAACAGAGACGCUUCGGAGAACAAGCAGCACGCGACAUGGUUGUGGGCCUCAUAGAGAGCUGUCGCGACGUUGGAAUCAAAGUCAAUGACACCGCUCCACUGAUCAAAUGGGAAAAUGGGCAGGGCCGCAUUGCCGAACAACUGCGUGCUGCUGGCCAAGAAGUUGUUGCACGAAUGAAAGCGCCGCCUAACCUCUUGGUCGUUAUUUUGCCGGAAGGUGGAAAUGAUAUUUACACCGCCGUCAAGCAUUUUGGCGAUGUGCUAGUAGGCGUUGCGACGCAAUGUCUGAAAGCAACGAAGUGUUUCCGUGCAAAACCUCAGUACUAUGCCAAUGUCUGCUUGAAGAUCAAUGUCAAGCUCGGUGGUAUCAAUAUGAUCCCGGAACCAGCAUCUGUAUCCGCUCUUACUGACCCUCACAAUCCGACCAUUGUUAUGGGGGCCGAUGUUAUCCACCCAGCUCCUGGGUCCGAUGGAAGGCCCUCGUUUACAGCAUUGGUAGCCAAUGUCGAUUCCGACAGCGCCAAAUACAUUGCAGACAGUCGUGUCCAGACAUCUAGGAAAGAGAUGAUCGAGGACCUGCAAGACAUGGCCAAACAUAUCCUGACUAUGUACAUAUCGUACAGGGAGAGGAUGGAAGGCAAGGGUGCGGCCAACGCCGCACCAAAACGGAUCAUUUUCUAUCGCGAUGGUGUUUCUGAAGGACAGUUUUCUCAAGUCCUCGAUAAAGAAUUGCCAUCCCUCCAAAAGGCAUGCGAGGAACUCAAAAUCAGUCCGAAGAUCACGAUCAUCGUGGUAGGCAAGCGACACCAUGUUCGACUCUUCCCACAAAACGAGCGCGAUGGUGAUCGGUCUGGCAAUUGCCCUGCUGGUACCGUCGUGGACCGAGAGAUCGCACACCCAACUGAAUUUGACUUCUACCUUCAAAGUCACGGAGGCCUUCUUGGUACCAGUCGCCCAGCGCAUUACUCCGUUCUCUACGAUGAGAACAACUUUACCGCCGAUGCGUUGCAGUCCCUCUCUUUCGCCCUCUGUCAUGUCUACGCACGUUCCACACGAUCUGUGUCUAUUCCUGCGCCCGUAUACUAUGCCGACAUAGUUUGUUCUCGUGCGAAGAACCACUACGAUCCACAAGGCACGGUUGACUUCUCUGACUCCGCAACCCAGCUUGAUGAUACAGAGGCCGACAAUUCCCUCGCUGCGUAUAAACGCGGGUUCAAGCCCCUGCAUAAGCUGCAAUCUACCGUCAUGUACUUCUCAGUAAGUGACGUCAAGGACGUGUCUGGUGGAGCAAAGGCUUACAACUCAUCCAGUAAUAUCCCACUUCAGUAA